AUGAGGCGUAGUCGAGUCGCGACCCCUCCGCCAUCGCCCUACAGGGCGCUGGCCCACCACCAUGCGCAAAAUGGCCAGCAAAUGGCAGGCUCCGUGUCGUCCAUGAUCAGGUCGUUCAACGUCGAGACCAAUCCCAGCCGCCCGAUCCGCCCGUCACCUCUCGCAGCAAGCACAAUUCGCGACAUGCCACUCGACCUUGUAGAUCGAAUAAGGUCUUUCCCUUUGUUUCGAUCGGCCCCAGACGAGUUCCUGGCCGCCGUCGGCAAGCACUUGCGGCCACAAGUGCACGCGGCGCACGACAUCAUUCUCAACGAAGGAGACGACGCCAGGGCAAUGUACUGGUUAGUGCGGGGGGUCGUCGCGGUCACAUCUCGAGAUGGCGAGGCGGUCUAUGCCGAGCUUAAAGCUGGCGCUUUCUUCGGUGAGAUCGGCGUCCUAAUGAAGAUGCCUCGCACGGCCACGAUCAUUGCGCGUACGAAAUGUAUGCUCGUCGUUCUGAAGAAAGAGGACCUCCACGCCGAGCUUCCGAUGUUUCCAGAUAUGGAGAAAGCGAUUCUGCAGGAGGCGCAGGAAAGGCUGGCGAUCUUGAAAAAGAAACAACGGGAGAGGGGCAUGAAGCCCGCCCGUAAGACCGGCACAGUCACCCGUGACGUUGUGCCCGGUGAGGUGACAACAGGCGACGCGGGGGCUAUCAAGGAGGGCGCCGUUGUCAACUCUAAGAAGCGGAAGUCACCGAGUCCUGGGGUGAUUGAAGAUCCCACCAUCGGGGGAAGUGCUCUGGGGAGCGGAUACGUCGAUGUGCGGACCACAUUGAAAGAACUGCCUCUGUUUUCUGAGCUUCCAGCCGAUGUCCUCCACUUUCUCGGUCUCAGCGCACAACCCGUCUCUUACCCUCCCUUCACCGAUAUCGUGCGACAGGGCACAGCUGGCCACGAAAUUUUCUUCAUCGUACGGGGCGAGGCUGAGGUGGUCCGUGAAACACCCGGAGACAGCAACGCCAAGCGAUUGACGAGGUCAUCAAUGUUGAGGCCUCGGCUCAAGGCCGGCCAAUACUUUGGAGAAGUUGCCAGCUUGGGGCUGGCUUCUGGACGCACGGCGACAGUACGAUCAAUCACCUCCGUCGAAUGCCUCAUGAUCGGCGGCGAGGCUUUGGCGGAGCUUUGGAAAAAAUGCCCACCUGAGAUACGUUCGCAGGUUGAGGAGACGGCGCGAAAUCGUUAUCCGAAGGCAGAUUUGGAUGUGGACAUGAAAGACGCCGACGAGAAGGAGCAGCCAGACGAGGUCAACCCGUUAACACCCACCAAGGAAGUGCUUCCUUCGGUGACAUUCAAUAUCCCAAAAUACAGUCCAUCUGCUACGAACGAGCCGCAGGACACCACGACAACAUACACUGACCCGGACCCAUACCUAAGUGUCGACAUGGAGAACUUGAGAACUCGGAGACGCAGCUCAAUCGCUCCACCUACACCAGCACCAUCCGAGCCCGCUUCCUCGCCGACUCUCAAUGGGAUCAAGUCAUCUCAGACUCUCGAAAGCAGCCCUCUCAAGCUGUACUCUAUGUCCGCGCCUAAUACACCACCAGAGAACGAUCAAUUGGCCCCGUCGUCCAAGCGGCAAAGAACCUUGACUCACAGGCCAGCAUCUUUGCAAAAUCUGCAGAAGAUCGCACUCCCAGACGACAUAUUGAUUAUGGUCUUUAAUCAGCUUGAUAUCGUGGAGCUUCUACGUCUCCGCCAAGUGUGUUCGCACUGGCGGCGGCUCUUGACGGUUUCUGACAAGCUUUGCAAAACUGUCGACCUUUCGCCCCUGAACCGCUAUGUCACGGACUGGGCCCUGGCAAACGUUCUGGGUCCGUUCAUAAGUACCCGGCCCGAGGUUGUCGACAUAUCGAAUUGCUACCACGUCACGGACGAGGGCUUCCAGGCGUUCUGGAAACUAUGUGGCAAGAACGUCAAGUCCUGGCGCAUGCGAUCAGUCUGGGACGUGAGUGCUGGCCAGAUACUGGAAAUGAGCGAGAACUCCAAAGACCUUGAGGAGGUCGACUGGAGCAAUUGUCGCAAGGUUGGCGACAACCUCCUUGCCAGAGUGGUAGGCUGGGUUGUUCCAGAGCCCCCACCUGAGCGCAAGAACGUGGUUAUCGCCAGUUCAGGCGCUCCGGGCAAGAGGGGUUCAAAGAUGCAGGUCGUGCACUGGCAGCAACAUCCCAACGCGCCACCGCCUGGCACCGUCAUAGGAUGUCCAAAGCUCAAAAACCUCACUCUUUCCUACUGCAAACACAUCACCGAUCGAUCCAUGGCCCAUCUGGCUGCACACGCCUCUUCGCGCCUCGAGUCGCUCUCUCUCACCCGCUGCACUUCCAUCUCCGACGCAGGCUUCCAGUCAUGGGCACCCUUCCGUUUCCCCAAUCUGACGCACCUAUGUCUGGCCGACUGCACCUACCUCUCGGACAACGCGAUCGUUGCACUCGUCAACUCGGCCAAGCAGCUCACGCAUCUCGACCUGUCCUUCUGCUGCGCCCUUUCGGACACCGCCACGGAAGUCGUCGCGCUGGGGUUGCCGCUGCUGCGCGAGCUGCGACUCGCCUUCUGCGGCAGCGCCGUGUCCGACGCGUCGCUGGGCUGCAUCGCAUUGCACCUCAACGAGCUGCGCGGGCUGAGCGUGCGGGGCUGCGUGCGCGUCACGGGCGUCGGCAUCGAGAAUGUCCUAGAGGGCUGCGGCCGUACCGAGUGGAUCGACGUAUCGCAGUGCAAGAACCUGGGUGCGUGGCUCGCGGGCGGCGGCAUCACGCGCUGGGGUUACGACGAGCGCGGGCCCGGCAGGUGGCUACCCAUGAGCGUUGUGCGAGGCGUGCCUGGCCAGCGCACCGUGAACCCGGCUCUGCUCAUGAACAACAACAUGAAUGUGCCGCGGCCGCAGACGCCUGUCAACGGCGGCAGCGCCAACGGCAAUGGCCCCGGGCUUGCGCCGAGCCCCUUCGGUAGCCCCGGCGGGGGCAUGAACAUGGGUAUGGGGUUCGGCGGCGCCGGCGUGGGCGGCCCCGGCCCGAUGAUGAAGCCGGUCGUGCCGCCCCGGGGCAUGAGGAACCGCCGGCAGAGGAAGCCGAUCCGGUUCAUUGUGGAGAAGGGGGCCGGAGGGUUAAGAUGA